GUAGUAUUCGUGACAGGCAACGCCAACAAGCUCAAAGAAGUUCGAGCAAUCCUGGCGCAGGGACAAGCCAUCGAAAUAGAUUCGCGAGACCUCGAUAUUCCAGAAGUCCAGGGAACCACGCAAGAAGUGGCCGUAGCCAAAUGCAAACGCGCCGCUGAGCUCCUAGGGGGCCCCUGCAUCACCGAAGACACUGCGCUGUGUUUCAAAGCCCUGAAUGGCCUCCCAGGGCCUUACAUCAAACACUUCAUGAAAGAACUCGGGCAUGACGGCCUGAACACGCUUCUCGAGGGCUUCCCCACGAAAGAAGCGUGGGCCCUCUGCACGUUCGCGUACAGCGCCGGCCCAGAAACCGAGCCGCUCCUCUUCGAGGGCCGCACGGAAGGCACAAUCGUCCCGGCGCGGGGGCCCGCCGUCUUUGGCUGGGACCCGAUAUUCCAGGCAGAGGACACGGGCAAGACUUAUGCCGAGAUGGCGCCUGAGGACAAGAACCGCAUAUCGCACAGAUAUAGAGCGCUCGACAAGCUUCGGACGUAUUUGCAGGGUAUGGAGAAGUAA